AUGACAUUAACAAACAAACAUAAUUAUUCUCUUCCUUUAAAUCCAACUAGACACUUUGUCUUGCGUAGAAAUGACAAUAAAUCAUGUGCAGAUUUUACUCCAAAUCGAUUAUUUUCCUCAGCAACCUUCAUCUUAUUUAAGUGGACCAGAAAGGACUCGAGGUUGCCCGAACAACUUCAAAGGGUGAUGGCCGCAGAAGCCGAGGCUGCCCGAGAGGCCCGCGCUAAGAUUAUCAAGGCUGAUGGAGAGCAAAAGGCCACCAAAUACCUGCGGGAAGCGGCCAAAGUUUUGGAUGGUUCUCAAGCGGCACUUCAGCUUCGAUAUCUUCAAACGUUAAGCACCAUCGGGAAUGAAAAAAAUACCACAAUCAUUUUCCCCGUCCCAAUUGACAUUAUCUCCGGAUUCAUGAACAUUUCGAGCGGAGUAAGAAAAGAGGCGGCCACAUGGAAGAAAGAGAACGACCACCCAAAGAAGACUGGCGCAACCGUCAAUGAACGAGUCGUGGGCGACAAGUUUGAAACGAUCCCCGUCGGCCAAGAAUAGUUAGCCAUCAUGAUGGCCAUGGCCAUGCACUGCUAGAUCAAUUAUACUCUGGCCGUGGCACUUUUUCUCGGCCAGGAACUUUGGAGGAUCUGUCUCGAGCUGACGGAGAAGAAAAAGAAACGAAGGACAAGGCCAAACUUUGGCGCAAGACACGAUGAUGAGUGAGGCCUUGUCAUUGCAUUCAAUGGGAUGUCUUGGAAUUCUAGAUAGGAAUAUUGCUUUUAUUUCAAAUUAUGUUCCAAUAACAUUUGACUACAUUGAUCAGAAUAAUAGCAGUAAGAAUAAUGAUGAUAAUAACCAUAAUAUUAGGAGCAGUUUCAUCGUUAUGAUAGUAAUAAUGAUAAUGAUUAUUGUGGUUAUUAAUAAUAGUGGUAUUUUGAUCGUUAGUAUCAGCUACAAGUCUCUCUAUGUUACUAUGAAAUAAAUUCCAAUCCAAAAGA